AAAAAACGAAUUCGCCUUUUACAUGUCUUUAGAUAGGAGCACACGAGAUAAAGCUCCCUCUUAACCUCGCUCAGCCAGCUGGCUAACCUUCGGUUUUCAUUACUUCGGGUGCUACGGCGUUCUAACGCAAAGUACCGCCUUGCGAGGCGGUGCGAUACCGAAGGCGGCAAGCAAUGGAAGUUGUGUGUGUGUGUGUCCCCCGUAAAGCCUCUACCCGUGAACAGCGCACCGCGCUAUCGUGUGGAUGUUAUCGGCGUCGUGCGUAUCCCGCGCAGGUUCUAGACGCUCAUUCCCACACGUUACGGUGCCGAAAAUUUACCGACAUCCUGUUUUUCCGCAUCUUGUCAAAAUAAGAUGAGAGACCGUGAACUCAACAACGCCGGCGAGCGACGUGUCGCUGCGAGCUGUGGCUUUCGGUGAUACGAUCAUUUUCACGCGUGUGGCUUUUUCUCACCGCGCGCGUAUCGCCGAUAUCUUCUCAACUGCGUUCCGACUUGUGAGAAAGUGCGAUAGGCGAGGCGGCGAACCUUUAACUUGUAUAGUCAACGCUUGUUUCCUUCCGUUUUCGGGGCGUCCUGUGUAUAUACAUGUGAUUUGUUUCUCGCAGGUUGCAGCUAUAGGCGCUUCUUCUACGUUGCGGUGCCUUUUGUGGUUUCUGUGGUGGUAUCUCUUCCUGUAUCUAACGUUUACGUGGUGGUAUCCUCCUCUUUUUUUCUACAACUAGCGAAAAAGUUGCAGUCGCAGCUUCCGAUUCAUUGCUCACUUCGCUCCGUACGUUGCAGGAUGUCUCAACGGGUGCUCAUCGGAGGUGAAGAGACGGAGAUCUUUCAGGCCUUGGAUGGUGAUGGAUUUCCCAUCAUUGAAAAUGGCCUCCCGCUCUACAUCACCGCAGGCGGCGUGGCAGUUCGUUUAGUUGAGGUGACAGAAGCUGCAGUCCCGGACCCGGUCGCUCCAGCACCGGUCCCGGUCCCGGGUCCCUCGAAGGAGAGGGCAGAAGAGCUGUGGCCCGAGGCCAGAGUUUUAUUUCUUAUUGAACUUUUUAAAAAAUAUCAAUCCGACAUAAGAAACCGGAAAAAAACAAAACGGGAGGUGUGGGAGAUGUUGACUAAAUCAAUCAAUGAACGAUUCAAUUGUAAUAUGGCCUUUACUCAGAUCGAAAAUAAGUGGAGAGCUCUGGAGAAGUACAGGGCAACGAAGCAACAUAACUGUAUGUCUGGCAGUGACCGGAAGACCUGCGACUUUGAAGAGCAGCUGGCUGAGGUCUUCGAGACUAUGCAUUCAUUCAACCCUGUGUAUGUCGCAGGGGCAGGACGUCGACGAAUAUUGAGUGCCCAGUCAGCUGCCUCAAGCCCCCAGUCGCCAGCUGUCGAAAGUCCCCAGGCAACUACAAGUAGGGGCAGCACAGCAGAUGACGUGAUGGAGCUGCACCCAGGCAGUCCAUCACCACAGCUCAGUCCAGCACAGCAGCCCAGUCCAGCACAGGAGCCCAGUCCAGCACAGGAGCCCAGUCCAGCCCAGCAACCACCACAGGGCCCUUCAGCAAGGCGACCCCGACAGGACCCAAACCGGGUGCUUAUAGAGGGUUUUUUAAGCUACCUCAAACGGGCCGAAGAGAAUAGAGAAAGGCGCCACAACGAGGUCAUGGCGAUCUAUCAGGAGGCUGUCACUGCUAUGAAGCAGGUGGCAGAUGUUAUUGUACAGCAGCAUCAGCAGCAGCACCCUGCUCCUGAUGACUUGUAAAUAUUUAAACUAUAACAUUCAUUCUAUUUAUUUUAUCGGACCUUUUCGUUCAUAUAAA